CAUGUUGAUCAUUAUUCCAGAACCAAAUCAAUUGCAGAACAAAUGGUACUGGCAGCUAAUGGAACUCCACUAGCAGGAGGUAGAAUACUCUAUACGUGUGUUCUUCGCCCACCAGGAAUCUAUGGAUCAGAAGAGCAAAGACACUUGCCAAGGCUAGCAAAGAACAUUGAGAGAGGGCUACUCAACUUCAAGUUUGGGGAUCCUUCUGCUACAAUGAACUGGGUGCAUGCAGAAAAUCUUGUACAAGCGCAAAUUCUUGCUGCUGAAGCUCUCACCCCUGAAAAGAACUAUAUAGCUAGUGGCCAGGUGUAUUUCAUUAAUGAUGGCGAAAAAUUCAACCUUUUUGAAUGGUUAACUCCACUUUUUGAAAGAUUAGGUUGCAGUAAACCACGGAUACGUGUUCCUACUUCCUUAGUUUAUGCAUCAGCCACGAUAAUGGAAUACCUUCAUCUGAUGCUGAAACCGUUUGUUGAACUGACCCCACUGCUGACCAGAAAAGAGGUUCAGAACAUUUCUAUAACUCACACAUUUCGAAUAGACAAGGCACGGAGCCAGCUGGGGUACAGCCCAGAGAAGUUUGCAUUUGCCGAUUCCGUGGACCAUUACAUAAAAACCAGACCAGAAGCCCAGAAUCCUCACAUCUUCCUCAAAGUUUUGCUUUCUUUAAUUGUUAGUUUCAGUUUGAUCUUUCUUUGUUUAGGACUUGAUGGCCUUUCAGUUUUGCAUUUUUUUAAAGAAACACAACGCUAA